AUAGUCUAUACUCUAUUCUCCAACGCCAAGCUCUUGUUGGGAAGCCGAUAGGCAGUAAUUUUGACGAUUGAAGUUUUAGUUUUACUAUAAACUAUUUUACAAAUCAAUUAUUUAAUUACAAACGUUAUUUAUUCUGCUUUUUAAUAUUCAAUAAACAUGCGCAAAAGGAAGUCGCUCAAGAAAGGCGAUGAUUCUGAGGGAUCAGAAGGUGGCGGUGAACCAGAAGAAUUUCAAGAUUCGGGAGAGGAUUGGACGCCAGAUGCUGAUUCGAAUGAGCAGCCAGCAAGAGCAGGUCGGAAACGAGCACCAAAAGCGUCUGUGAACAACGCUAAGAAAAAGCGCAAAAAUUCAACAUCUGAAGAGAGUGAAGGAGACGAGGAGGAGGAAGGUGAAGAGGAAGAGCUUGAUGAAGAAGAUGGAUCAGAUGAUGAGAAGAAUGGCUCUGAUGGAAACAAGUCAGAUUCAAGCCAAUCAAAGGACAUACCAAAACAUUUUCAUUCUGCAAACUUUGUUUUAUUAAAAUCCGAUGUUAAAUGGGAUGGAGAUACUGUUACUUCAAAACUGAGUGAUCUUAACUUAUGGAAGAUUGAUGGAAAGGCCUUAUUACAAAAGUUUAUACCCAUGGAAUGCAAUGGGAAAAUUCUCCACAAAUGUACUUGUGUUUAUUCAGGGUGGAAUGUUGAUAAUCGUGAUAACUACUAUGCUAUAACUGAAAUAUUAGAUCGCAACCCCCAAACAGAUUCAAAAGAAAUAUGUGUAGCUUUAGAUCUCAAUGAUCUAAUUAAAGUAAGGGACAAAUGAAGAGUAUGUCAUCGUAUAGUUAAGUCUUAAA